UCUUUUACUUCUACAUCAUUCAAGUAAAUAAGAUCAAUCAUUGCAAGAUUAUUUUCGUUCUGAGGGUUCGACUGGAGCUGAUGUCUGAGUUUUUAAAAGGAUGGGGCCUUAAUACCCCGAGACCUUGCGGAACUUGCCGCUCCGAAGGGCCUUACAUGCCUCCCCGAAAAGUAAAAGGGCCCCCAGACCAGCGGAACGGGGAAGAAUCUCUAGAUCGGGUGGAACCAGUUCUCCGACACCGAGCCCUAACUGUAAACGGGAAGACGUAAGAUAGCGAAAAGGUGCGACCAGGAAGCUGUCGGAGGAUCGGAUGGACAGGAGGUGCGAGUUCAGCUCCUCAAGGCGCCCGGGGCGAACGAAACCCGUUUUGGGAAAGGGAAAAACAAUGCACUUAAGCCGCGUCCCCCGGCAGCCCCCCGGUUAGCACAGGCAUUAUCUAUAUGCAACAAGUGAUUAUUAAACCAUUGCGAUCUCCUCGUUAUUUCUGCCUUUUCUUGUCGCUUGGACUUUGAACCGCGCCGGCAAUUAAAGAAGCUGUGUGUAUAAAAACAGCAUUUUUACAUCGUUCGCUUCGGUUUCGUCGCUUUUCGGCAGCGAGCUGUAAAAAAUAUAAAAACAAAAAACAAAAAACAAAAAAAAUAACAAACGGCCAUAUGAAUAAAUAAAUAAGCGGGCGAGAAAAGAAGGCGAAGUGCCGAAACAAAACAAAACGAAACAACGCACUUUUCAACCUGUUUUCGAGGCGAUUUGAGUUCGUUUUACGAGCGUUUUCUAAGCGCCGAUACGGGAUUUUUUCCCAAUUUCAUAAAACGCAUAUUGUUCGCAUUCCGGCCAUCCGGCCAUCCGGCUAUUCGGCUUUCCCGCGUCCUAAUACGUCUUCUUUCUCCUCCAUUCGAUUAGCUGACAGAUAAACACAACUACCACAACUGCAGAAGCGUUUAACAACAAACAAAGCAACAGCCAACAAAUGUACAAAGCCCAUCCAAAACUACAAUAAUUAAUUAAAAAUUAAACACCAACACACACAAACACAAGCCAGAAGAAAGAAACAAUUAAAUGUGCCAACAAUAUUUGCCAAAUAAAAAAAAAAAAAGCAAAAAACAAUAUAAGUCAAGGGGAAAACAACGAAAUCGAUGCCUGUAAACGUAAUUAUAAAAUACACUAAAAGCACCUAUCCCAAAAAGAGAACGAGAAGCUCGAGCAGAGAGUUGAAAGAGUGAAGGAACACUGAGCGCGAAACUAAGUUAAUCGCCCCAGAUAGCCGUUAGAGUAAGUUAGUCGCGAGUCCAGCGAGAGCCGAUCAAAAUGCGCUUCACCUACAAUCAGUAUAAACAUUACGAGUCCGGCUAUCGGAUUCCCUCGAAAAUGCAUAAUCUGAGCCACCACAACGGCGGCAGCAGCAACAACAGCAGCAGCGGCAGUGGGGGUGGCCACGGCAACAGCAACAACAACAGCAGUGGCCACCACUACGCCCACCACCACAACAACAGCAACAACGGCGGCAGCAACGGCAACACGAAUUUCCAGGCCUACCAACACCACUACAAAAGCAAUUUCGGCAUGAGGAUGACCAUGUCCACGAACUCCACAAUGAGUGCGCGAAUACACCGGAAGGGAUUUCGCAUACCAUCGAAAAGACAGCCGGGUAAGGGAUUGCCCGGAAAGCUGCACACCAUCACCAGGGCGGGUCCCGGCAAGAUUGUUCCCGGGAAGCGAAUACCACAGCGACCCCAUCCGCCGCCCUGCGACAACUCCAACGACAGUGGCCUGGGCUUCGACCAGCACACGGAGCUGCGCUCCUCGGCGGGGGCGGGGGGCGUGGCCGACGCCGGGGGCAGUGGGAGUGGCGCCAACGCCGGCCAGCGGUCCAGUCUGCUGGUCAACAGUGCGCUGACCAACACAGUGGCCGCCGCAGCGGCCGCAGCAGCCGCUGCCGUGGCGAGCAACACGUUGCAGCAGCAUCAGCAGCACCACCAGCAGCAGCAACAGCAGCAGCAGCAACAACAGCAGCAGCAGCAGCAGCAACAUUCACCGCAGCAGCAUUUAAUACGAGCGAUACCUGUAUCAAGAUUCAUAUCGGCCAGGACUGUCACCCGCGUGGCGAACAAGCGGCAGCCCACGACGCCGCUGAACAGCGUGGCCAGCUCCAACGACGGCCUGGUGCAGCUGGAGAUCGUGUCCCAGCCGGAGCAACAGCACCGGGCCCGCUACCAGACGGAGGGCAGCCGCGGCGCCGUGAAGGAUCGCAGUGGCAACGGCUUCCCCAUCGUCCGACUGACCGGCUACGACAAGGGCGCCGUCCUGCAGGUCUUCAUCGGCACGGACAUCGGGCGCGUGGCGCCGCACAUGUUCUAUCAGGCCUGCAAGGUCGCCGGCAAGAACUCGACGCAGUGCAACGAGAAGAAGGUCGACGGCACCAUGGUCAUCGAGAUCGAUUUCAAACCCGAGACGGACAUGACCAUCACCUGCGAUUGCGUUGGCAUCCUGAAGGAACGCAAUGUGGACGUGGAACACCGCUUUCCGGAGCACCUGGCGCAGAAGAACAAGAAGAAGUCAACCCGCUGCCGGAUGGUCUUCCGCACGCAGCUGACCCGCGACGACGGCACCACCGAGACCCUCCAGGUCUGCUCGAAUCCCAUCAUCUGCACUCAACCACCUGGCGUGCCGGAGAUAUGCAAGAAGUCGCUGAACUCGUGUCCCGUCGACGGCGGCCUCGAGCUCUUCAUCAUCGGCAAGAACUUCCUCAAGGACACGCACGUGGUGUUCCAGGAGACCUACGACAGCGUCAACGGCGACGAUCCGGCCACCGAGAUCGCGGUGCGCCAGCAGCUCAUCGGCGGAACAGCCGCCCUGUGGGAGCAGAGCGUUCUGCCGGACAAGGAGUAUCUCCACCAGACCCAUCUGAUCUGCACGGUGCCGCCGUAUCUGCACCAGAGCGUCCUCAAGCCGGUCCAGGUGCAGGUGUCGAUCGUCUCCAGCGGCAAGAAGAGCGAACCGCACACGUUCACCUACACGCCCAAGGGACAGUACACGACGCUGGCGGCGGCCAGCACGUUAAGUAACACAAUCCACGCCCAAGAUGUGAGCGGUUUCAUGGACACGACGUCGGCGUCGGGCGCGAGUGGGCCCAGUGGUUGGAGCGGGGCCAGCGGCUCCGGCGCACCCCCAGCCGGCGGCGACACUGUGGAGGCCAAGCAUGAGAUCGACUCGGGCAUGAUGCCGCCACCGAUCACCACCCAGAUUCCGAUGGGCGUGCGCCGCUCCUCGCUGCCCAGUGUCACGCCCAUGAUCACGGACCAGCAGCUGGUCCACCUCAAUGCGGCGGUGGCCAGUGCGGAGGCCCUGAAGACGGAACUGCUCGACGACAGCAACUCGCACAGUCCCCUCACAGGCGAGUCCACGCCGGACAGCCCCAAUGCAGCCCUGCAGUAUCACCGCUUCGUGCGCAAGCCCAGCCUGGACACGAUCAUGUACGACCAGUCCAACAGUCUGCCCGGCUUCCCGGCCGUCGUGGCACCGGCCACAGCUGCCGCCGUCGCCGCGGCCGUGGACAUUGAUCCCGCAGCGGUGGCGGUGGCCGUGGAAAUGGCCGUCAAGAAUGAGAUUGUGAAGCAUGUGGUGCAGCAGCACCAGCAGUUGCAGGAGCAAAUGCAGGAGCAGCAGCAGCAGCAACAACAACAGCAGCAACAGCAACAGCAGCAACCCCAACAGCAGCACCAGCAGCAGCAACAGGUGCACAAGUUCAUCGAUGAGCUGACCAAGUCCACAUCGGUGGUCACCAGCAAUGGCACGAGUGAGCCAGCGCUGUUCACCACAUCGGCGGUGAUUGACCACGCCCUGACCGAUAUACUGCAGGCCAAGGUGGGCAUUGCCCCGCCCAAUGUGGUGCUGGAGAGGAGCCUGUCCCUGAGCUCCACGAACUCCAGCAGCUCCAUGAGCGGCAGCGAGACUUCCCCCAACAGUUCACCCCUCACCCAGGAUAUCAUACUCAAUUCGGAGCCGGCGGCCGCCCUGGCCGGAGCAGCUGCCCUGGGCGGCCCGGCGCCCGUCGAUGUCACCGGUGGCCUGUCCACCGAUAUCAUCAUGAAUCCCGCCGUCUCCCCCUCGACGAUCCUGUGUUCCGCCAAUGGAGCGGCCACCGCGGUGGUGCCCAACAUACUGGCGCCCCAUCAGGUGACCAUGGCCAACUCCAUUUUGAACGACAUAGCCAUGCAGGCGGAGCCCACGCAGCAGGAUGCAGCGGUGGCUGCCCUGGCGCUGAGUAACAUCAUGAUGAGUCCGCCCACAGCGGCAUCGGGCGUGGGAGUGGUGGACACCCUGCCACCGACGCCGGUGGCUAUGCAGCCCGAGGUGGCGGCCACGGCCACGUCCACGGCGGUGAGCAACAUGAUCAUCAAGGCGGCGGCGGACUUUAUCACCACCCAGGAGCAGGAGCAGCACCACUACCAUCAUCAUGGUCGCGUCCAUUCGCAUUCGCCCCAAGCAGCGGUGGGUGUGAGCGGUAAUCCCGCCGAGACGGCGUCUGAUCCUCUGGUCAAUUUGCUGAUGAACCACUCAAACACACCGGAAACAGCGGCUGCCGCGGCCGCAGCCGUGGCCGUGGAGGCGGCCAACUUCCAGUCGAUGAACCACAGCCAUCACUCGCACCAUGGCCAUCAUGGUCACGGUCACAGCCACAGCCAUGGCCACGGCCACGGGCGCGUCGCGGGACACGUGGCGGGCCAUGUGGCCAGCCACCACCAUGGCCACCACUUGCCGGUGGUGCCGCCGACACCACAAGAAUCUCUGAUCGUAGCGCUGGCCAGCGAGAAUGCGCUGCAAAAGUCGGUGGCCACCGCCGCGGUGACCACCAACGGAGCUGUGAUGACGCAACAGGCGUCCGCGCCCAACACCGCCGGCAGCAUCCUGCCGGCAGCGGUCGGAGCGGUGGCAGCGGCGGCGGCCGUGGCGGUGCAGCCGCCCAUUCCCCAGGAGCUGACCACGAUGUCGGAUCAGGAUUUGAUCAGCUACAUCAAUCCGAGCACCUUCGAUCAGCUUUAAACGGCUUCAGAUCAACAAAUUAAACUAUUUGGACUUGUUUUUUUUUAAAUCAACAAUAAAUGUCACUCCUACACAGGCCUAGGCUUAAGUAUAUCUGUAGUACGUAGAACCACACACAAGCACACAAGAUUAGAUGGAUUAAAGGUUUCAUGUGGACCAACAUUUUGACCAAGUGGAUGGACUAAAAUCGGGGGAAGAGAACAAGAACCACAAGCACACCCACACAUUAGUAGCUGUAGCUCUGUUUACCUUUAGGAAUAAACCCUACUCUAUAUGGAAUACCUAUGUUUACUUUUUUGUUUUUUUUUUUUUGCUAAUUUAAUAUUGAUUUUUGAAAACAAUAAUCAAUCUAUCUCAAGAGGUAAAUUUAAAACAAUGAUAACGACUGCCAUAUACCUACGAAAUAUGAAAUGAACUCCCGAAAGUGAAGAUUGAGAAGCGAAAAUGAAAAUGAAAAUGAAGAAUUCAAAUAUCGACCGCAAGAAUCCAAAACUAAAGAAAGAACUAACUUUCAAAAAAAAAUGUUGAUUACACUUUUUGCUGGAAAACAUAAUUUUCAUAAUGAAGUCUGAUUUGUAAACUUCCUUUUUAUUUGUUUGAGAAUUUAAGAUAUAUAUUUUAUAGUUAAAGCCUGACCGUACGCGUUGGCACUACAAACUAAGCUUAAUUAAUUUUGGGAAAACACAAAAAACAAAAAAACGACGAAAAGAAAUUAUUAUUAUACAGUUAAUAAUUUAUAACAAAAAAAGAGUACAUACUAUGUGUAGCUACGAAUAUAAUGAAUAUGCGAGAAAUUCCAAAAGACUUUUUUGAUUUAAAGAAAAUGCAAUUAUUAUUUUGUUUAUGGUUUAAUCAUUUUUAUUUUAACUUAUACUGAAGGAACACACACAAACACACAAAUAAAGAUGUAACUAAUGUUAUUACUAUUAUUAAAUCGCUAUUAUUAUGAGUAACCUUAAUGUUGAUAGUUGUUAUGUGUAGCGUUGUAAGCCAGACAUGGGUGCAAUCCUAGCCCAUUGCCGUACGAAAGUAAGAGCCCACAAACCUGAACACAUAAGAGAGAACAAACCCCACAAACCCCACAACCAAACUACAUAUAAUAUAGAGCCGAUGAACGGUCGAACGAGCCUCAGCACUUGUUAAACCAGCCCCAAAUAAAGAUCAAGACCGAGUGAACUCUGCAUUUGUACGCCCAAUGCCCAACUAUUUAUAAACAUUUACAAAUAUUCCAACCACGAAUUUCGCCCACUCCCAAGAACCGAACGAACCGAGAGCCCACUGUAUAACUAUAAAUGCUUUUUUUUGUAUUAUCCUGGUACAAUUCGAUUGACAUACGUAAUCUAGAUGUUCAUGGCGUCGAUAAAUGUGUUAAACAAUCUCAGAGAUUGCAUAUUCCUCAUUAAAUUAAAUGUUACAGUCAAGUCAAUGAGAACGAAAGAGAUAGCGCUAGUGCGUGCAACUGAGCGGAAGAGAGACGGAUAGAGGGCGGGAGAAAGAGAGGGAGCGAGAGCCCGCGCUUAAGAAUUGUUAGUGUUAAAUGUUAUACACCUAUAUAUACAUUAUUUAUGUUAUAUAUAUAUACACGCAUAUAUCUAACUUUACAAUGAAUAAAAUAAAUGUAUUUUUGAUGUUCUUAUUGCCCAAAGUGCAGAGCCGAGAAAAACCACUGAAAACCCCGCAGAGAACUCCCCGAACUUUGUAACCGAUCACACCCAAGCCUAUCAAGUGAAGAAAUUACAACCCACAAACCUAGAACUCACCAAACCCAAUCUGUCUACCAUCCUCCCUAAAGAAACAAUAUUAAUCUGCUCGUUAUCUCUUUUUAUGUGAAUAAAACAAGGAAAUCUUUCAAAAAGAA